CCGAACCACUGGCACUGCCCAAACCGACGAAGACGGUUCUACUUGUCAACUGGAUACAGCUCCAGUAAUUUGGACAGCUGAAGUAUUUCUUGGCCAUUACUUGUCCUAACCUUUUGCACAGUUCUUACGAAGUGGAUACUACCCAUAAAUCGCGAAACGAAAUAAGUACUGAAAAAUGUACAAAGAGAUUAGCUUCUAUGAGUUCGAAGUAUACCUAUGUGGAAAUAUUAGUUCAAUUAUCCGGCAGCAGCCAUUGAGUGAAAACCGAGACGAUUGUAAUGAGUGAACAGAAAAAAUUCAAACCAAUAAUGAAGAUUCUAGUGAAUUGGGUGAUCUGUCUGGGAAUUAUCUUGGGCAGCACAGUAGGAGCCUUCGAUUAUGAUGAUGUCAGCAUAAACUGUACAAGAGACAAAAAAGAUAAUUCUAAUGCUUACAAUGGCAAGCGAACGUCCAACAAGAAACCAAACCCCCUGUGCAGCGUGUGCACCUGCAACGCCCAGGAGCGAACCUUCGACUGCUCCUCGAAGAAGCUCAACAAACUGUUCAACAUGAGUGGCUGGACCACAUUGAACGACAGCGGAGUCACCAUCGAAACGAUGAUCCUCAGCAGAAACGGAAUCCCAGAAGUGCCUCAGUUCCCCAAGUUCAACUUCAGAGUGUUGAAUCUGAGCUUCAACGACAUCAGCGUCAUCGCUAGGAAGGCCUUCUACUACCUGGACGAUAUGGAGGUACUCGACCUAUCGCACAACAUGCUGAAUCUCAAGACACUCAGAACGGAGAUCUUCGAGGGGAGCUACACUUCGGACGAGUACCUACCGAUGAAAAAACUACGAGUACUACUCUUGGGCAACAACAACUUGAACUCGCUGAAUCCGAAUAUGUUCGAGCAUUUGCCCGUUCUAGAAGAGUUGAGCCUCAAGGAUAAUAUGUUCAAAAUAAUCGAUCAGAUGACGGAGUUCGCCAUUGGGCACAUCAUGACCCUGCGGGUAUUGGAUUUGAGCUGCAUGGAACUGUUAGAGAUUCCGAAGUUUAUGUUCUACUCCCUGUUAAAGUUGCAGUAUUUGAACCUGGCGGGAAAUUUGCUGACGAGUGUUCCUGGGGCGUUGGACUACGCGAUCAAUCUGAAGUGGCUCAGUUUGGACGAGAACCCGAUUGAGAGUGUUCAGGGCGAAAGCGUGUUCCCGGCGAUCAAGACUUUGGAGUACCUCAGCGUUUCCUACAUUACGACAUUGAAGGUGAUUGGACGCGGGGCAUUCAGCAAGUUGGAAGGUCUCAAGGAGAUACACGUUUGCUACAACCCAGGACUGACACAUCUUCAUGAGGAAGCGUUCAGUCGGGUCGAUGCGUACAAUCAAAAUCAGACGGAGUGGCCUCCGAUGAAGCAGCUCUACAUAAAUAGCAACAAUCUGAGUAAACUGGACACGCAGUUGUUGGCUCGAUGGGACGACAUGGAAGUGAUCGACAUUCGGUAUAAUCCGUGGUCAUGUGACUGUGAUAGCCAGUGGAUGGUGGAGACCUUGUUGGCGAUCGUCGAAGAAACUUCGCCUAGAAUCAAGAACAACAUUGUAUGCGCCGCCCCCGAUCAGAUGAAGGGCCUUUCGAUGGUUGACCUGAAGCGCAAGCACAGCUUCGUGCACUGCCUGGACAAUCUACCGGAGAAUGAUGAUGCUCUGUUGAUUGGCUGGUUGAUCGGCAUCCUGGUGGGUAUUUUCCUUGCGGCGACGGCCAUCUUGAUCUACCGUCGGGGCAGCUUCGGUCUGGUUCGCCGUGGCCCGCAGGCUCUCUACGUACGGGUGUAGAUGAAGAUGUUUAACGCCCAAGGUAUCGCACAAUUGUACUCAGGUUCUGAAAUUGUUAUCAAUAGUUAUUUUAACAUGAAAUAAACACAGUUUUUGCAAUACAAUUCAGGUCUAUGGUGAGGAUUCGAGUAAAUCUUGAAAGUUUAUCGUCGACAGCUUCAUAGAAUUAAUUAAGCAUGUUAUCAAGGAAACAUUCUUGCUUGUUGAUACCUUAGGAACCAUUAGUGUAGUAAAAAAUAUUUUCAGCUGGAUAAGUUUAACUUUUUUACUAUCAAGGGGGAUAACUUAACAAUGCAUAUAUCCGGCGUUUUCCAAGAUAUUUUCAAAUUGUUUACAGCAUUAACAUAGGACACUAUUUAGAAUCAAUAUCCACUUUAAAGUUCUACAUGUAUGUAGUAUACUCAAAAAUAUUAAGCAAAAUGCAUUGUCUAGUUUCAUCUUGUUUUAGAUAUCCAAUGAACAAGUCUGGGAAGAAAUAGAAAUUUUUGAUUGCACUUAAA